GGCGGCGGGGGCCGGGCAGCGGCCGGGCAGCCCGCGGCUCUUUCCCCAGAGCUUUGCAGCCCUGGUCCCAGACAUGGCACCUGGGAAGCCUGGGAAGAGCACGGGGGCCUCAGAGAACCCCUCGGUUACGCUUUUCCGGGAGUACCUGAGGAUUGACACUGUCCACCCUAAACCUGACUAUGAUGCGGCUGUCCAGUUUCUGGAACGUGUCGGCACCGAGCUGGGCUUGGCCUGCCAAAAAGUGGAGGUGUGCCAGGGCCGUGUGGUGCUGAUCCUGACCUGGCAGGGCACGAACCCCCGCCUGCGCUCCAUCCUGCUCAACUCCCACACUGACGUUGUGCCUGUCUUCGAGGAGCACUGGACCUACCCGCCCUUCGAGGCAGUUAAAGACUCGCAAGGCAACAUCUACGCCCGGGGUGCCCAGGAUAUGAAGUGCGUCUCCAUCCAGUACCUUGAGGCCAUCCGGAGGCUGAAGACAGAAGGGAAGUCUUUUGCUCGCACCAUCCACCUCACCUUUGUGCCUGAUGAGGAGGUGGGCGGACACAAGGGCAUGGAGAUGUUCGUGCAGCGCCCUGAGUUUAAAGCACUCAACGUGGGCUUUGCCAUGGAUGAGGGCCUGGCCAGCCCAUCUGACACCUUCAGUGUCUUCUAUGGUGAGAGGAGCCCAUGGUGGAUAAAGGUGAAGUGCGUGGGUAGCCCCGGGCAUGGGUCCCGCUUCAUCAGCAACACGGCGGCUGAGAAGAUGCACAAAGUCAUCAACUCCUUCCUGGCCUUCAGGGAGAGCGAGAAGCAGAGGCUCAAGUCCGACUCCAGCCUGACCCUAGGGGAUGUCACCUCUCUCAACAUGACCAUGCUGGAGGGAGGAGUCUCCUUCAACGUGGUGCCCUCUGAGAUGGCUGCCAGCUUUGACAUCCGCAUCCCACCCACCGUGGACCUGAAGGCCUUUGAGAAACAGGUGGCCACGUGGUGCCGUGACGCUGGGGAAGGUGUCACCUGUGAGUUCCACCAGAAAUGCAUGGACCAACACACCACCUCCACUGAGGAGUCGGACCCAUGGUGGAAGGCCUUCAGUGGGGUCUGUAGGGACAUGAAGCUGCAGCUCAAGCUCGAGAUCUUCCCGGCUGCCACCGACAGCCGCUACAUCCGAGCGGCAGGACACCCUGCUAUUGGCUUUUCACCCAUGAACCGCACCCCGGUGCUGCUGCACGACCACAACGAGUUCCUGAACGAGCAAGUCUUCCUGCGGGGCAUCGAGAUCUAUGCCCGCCUCCUGACUGCCCUGGCCUCAGUGCCCCCACUGCCCGCCGAGGGCUGAGUGCCUGGCGAGGGGCAGGGAGUGCCAAGCAGAGAGACCCAAGGCUUGAAGAAGAGGGGCAGGGGCUGGGCACAGCAAAUACCUGCUACGGUGCUGGGGAUGUAGAUGGCAUCAUGCCUUGUUGGCUGUGUUCAGGGAUGGCCUGAUGGUGACACCUGUGGGGUUGUGUCCCCCUUGGUCAGGUGCCAGGAGAGCCUCAUGCCCAGGUGCCUCCAGCCUUUCCUGGUGUUGCCAGUGCCUCCCCCUCUCCCUGUGCCAUCUCUGGCUGCACUGGCUGGGUGGUGAGGGGCUGGCCUGUGCCCUACUCUGCCUCCCCAUGCCUUGUCCUGCCUCCCUGCCCACUUGCUGGGGGAGCUGGGGCCAAUGCUGCCCACUCUCCCUAUCAAUAAAUCUCCUUGGUAAGCACA